GUGAGAGUGCAGGGCUCCUGUAUAGUGUUAGCAGUCUUCAGGGUUUGUGUGUGCACGGAUGAUUUCAUCGUUUGAGAGAGGGAGGAGUAAAAGAAACUUCUCGCUGCAGUGACAGUGUGUUUAAGCUCUACAAUUUCUGAAUUUGUCUUAAGAAACCACCACAUUUAUGAGUGAAAAUAUCAGCGCCAUUUGUGGAAGAUAGGACUGCUGAUCUGGAGUGGUUUUGGAGAUUUCACUGGCUCGGGUCAGCACUGCAGCUGGAGACAGGGAGAGUUGCUCAGUCCCACUAUGGAUGAACACAACGGCUCUGCGGAGACUCGCUUACCAAGCCAAGGACGGCACAGUGCCAUUAAGUGUGGGUGGCUACGAAAGCAAGGAGGCUUUGUCAAGACUUGGCACACACGCUGGUUUGUUCUCAAGGGGGACCAGCUUUACUAUUUCAAAGACGAAGAUGAAACCAAGCCCUUGGGUACCAUCUUUCUGCCUGGCAACAGAGUAAUUGAGCAUCCAUGCAGUGAAGAAAGUCCAGGAAAGUUCCUUUUUGAAGUUGUACCAGGAGGAGACCGAGAGCGGAUGACAGCUAAUCAUGAGACGUACCUUCUUAUGGCAAGCACACAGAAUGACAUGGAGGAUUGGGUGAAAUCCAUUCGUAGGGUUAUUUGGGCACCAUUUGGAGGAGGUAUUUUUGGCCAGAAGCUGGAAGAUACUGUGCGAUAUGAAAAGCGGUACGGGAACCGUCUGGCUCCUAUGCUGGUGGAGCAGUGUGUGGAUUUUAUCCGACAGCGGGGGCUAAAGGAAGAAGGGCUUUUUCGACUGCCUGGGCAGGCUAAUCUUGUCAAGGAGUUACAGGAUGCAUUUGACUGUGGAGAGAAGCCCUCUUUUGACAGCAAUACAGAUGUGCACACAGUGGCAUCACUGCUCAAACUGUACCUAAGGGAACUUCCAGAACCAGUCAUACCAUAUGCAAAAUACGAAGAUUUUCUUUCCUGUGCCAAAACAAUCAGCAAGGAGGAGGAAACGGGUCUGAAGGAGUUGGUGAAGCAAGUGAAGAGCCUGCCAGCUGUCAAUUAUAACCUGCUGAAAUACAUCUGUAGAUUCCUUGAUGAAGUCCAAUCUUAUUCAGGCGUGAAUAAAAUGAGUGUGCAAAAUCUGGCUACUGUAUUUGGUCCUAACAUCCUUCGCCCCAAAGUGGAAGAUCCUUUGACUAUCAUGGAGGGUACAGUAGUAGUCCAGCAGCUAAUGUCAGUGAUGAUAAGCAAACAUGAAGAGUUGUUUCCCCAGGACGCAGAUCCUCAGAUGGGACCUGAAGUGUGUAACAACAACAAUGAAAUGCCAAAGAAAACGAUCAUGGGUCAGCUACAGAACAAAGAAAAUAACAACACCAAGGAGUCGGCAGUGAGGCGCUGCUCUUGGGACAAACCUGAGUCUCCCCAAAGGGGAAGCAUGGACAGUGGGUCUCCCACUGCUCUGCCAAGCAGUAAGACAAGCAGCCCCAGGAACAGCAUCCAGAAACUGGAUGUCACAAGAAGUCCGCCUCUCACAGUGAAAAAAAAUCCUGCCUUUAAUAAAGGCAGUGGCAUAGUCACCAACGGGUCAUUCAGCAGCUCUGUGGAGGGCCAUGAGAAGAGCCAGACCUUACCAAACUGUACCGUGCAAACCAGGAGAACAUCAUCCCUGAAAGGGCCCGUGACUAAGAUGGGCACACACAGUGUGCAGAAUGGAGGGGUGCGGAUGGGCGUUUCCAGCACAGAUGGACACAGCAACACCCUCAACAGCCGGACCCCAGGCUGGGUGCCCAAUGGCUAUGUCACGCUGAGGGACAGCAAGCAAAAGGAGUCAGUGAGUGAUUCGGGCCAGCACAACAGGCUCUCCACCUAUGACAACGUCCACCAGCAGUUCUCCAUGGUGAAUUCUGAUGAUAAACAGAGUGUGGACAGUGCCACCUGGUCGACAUCCUCUUGCGAAAUAUCCCUCCCUGAGCACUCCAACUCCUGUCGUUCGUCGACCACCACUUGCCCUGAGCAGGACUUUUAUGGGGGUAACUUUGAAGACUCUGUGCUGGAAGGGCCACCACAGGAAGACGUCUCUAACCCAGGAGACUAUGAGAACAAAAGUGACCGAAGGAGCGUUGGGGGCCACAGCAGCCGAGCCACCAGCAGCAGUGACAACAGCGAAACAUUUGUGGCCAACAGUACCAACAGUCACAGUGCUCUACACAGCCUGGUGUCUAGCCUGAAGCAAGAGAUGGCCAAGCAAAAGCUGGACUACGAAACAAGGAUAAGAAGCUUGGAGCAGAGAAAUCUCACCCUGGAGACAGAAAUGAUGGCCCUGCAUGAAGAGCUGGAUCAAGAGCGGAAGAAGUUCACAAUGGUAGAAAUCAAAAUGCGUAAUGCAGAGCGGGCCAAGGAGGAUGCAGAGAAGAGGAAUGAUAUGCUGCAGAAGGAAAUGGAGCAAUUUUUCUCCACUUUUGGAGACCUGACAGUGGAACCUCGCAGACCAGAAAGAGGCAACACCAUCUGGAUCCAGUGAGCAUUAGAAAUGUAGACUGCGGGACUUUGGGGAAGGGCUUGUGGGGGUAUUAUACUGUAUCAGGUGGCUGGUCACCUGUCUGAGGCUAGUACUCAACAUAAUGUUAUAAACCCUUGAAGGAAGAAAUCAUAUGAAUGAUUAACCACUCAUAUCUACAGUGUGUACUUACCAAGUUAUACUCUUUGAAUGCUUCAUGAGACUACUGUUAAGUGUUACAACUGGAUAUGUGUAUAUAAAUUUAAAAGAAAAAUCACCUUAGAGAAUGAGAGAUGUAUCUCAAGAAAUAUUUUAAUGCAAGUCUUGUAUUUAAACUGGUAAAUUGAAAUGUUGUUGCAAUCAAGCUUUUUAUCAAGGCUUCUUUCCCUUGCACUUAACAUAAUAAGCUAUUUUUGGCAUUGUGUUACCAUCGGCUUAUUUUGUAUAUCAAAUGCUUUUCGGUUUUGUUUUUUUGUUUUGUUUUCCCUCUUGCUGGGGGUUGAAGAUAAACAGAUACAUUAAGGUAUGCGUGCAGAUGGCUAACCCUGAUUUGCGGCGCUUCUAACAAGACAGCAGCAACAGAAACAGCAGGAUGCUGUAGGUAACAAAAGGGGUACUAUUUUAACAGAACUGGUGACCAAGGUAGAAAUUAUCAGGGCAACUGUAUCAUAAACACCAAAUGAGUCACCAGAAUCAGGUUCAGCAGGGAAAAGUCAGGCUGUGUGUUUGGGAGGGGAUGAGGCUGGUAGAGGGUAAGAACUUAGGAGGGGGAAGAGAAUAUAAGCGGAACUCAAUCAUAUGGUCAGAGCUUUUGGGGGUACCUUGAACAGCCCAGUGCGUGAUCACUGCAGCUCAGAGCAGGAGAACAAGUUGUGCCUUGACCAUACUGGCAUCCGACUGACUUCCAUGGUCCAGAGGAAGCUGGGUCCUUUCUCUAACGCUGCUGCGGAGACAUGCGUCCUGAUAGCCCUGGCAGCAUAACAAGUGCUGAAGACAAAAAACAACGGAACGGAUGACCAAAGUAGAAAUUACCAGGGCAACCAUAUCACAAGUACCAAAUAAGGAAGAAAAUGCAAGACCAUUAAUCGGGUGAUUUACAGUGCAUACCUAGCAAGUUAUCAUAGUCUCUGAAUGCUUCAUGGGACUACAGUUAAAUGUUACAACUGGGAAAGCACCCAGGUUCCUAGCAUCAGUGAGGGAACAACAGCGGGGAACAGACUGGGCAGAAAGAAAAAAGGAACAGCGGUAAAAGUGGUAUCUUUCCCACAUAUAUGUAUUUUCUUUAAUAUAUGUAUUUUCAACACCAUGUUAAGGAUUUAGUUUUAACUUUGUGUUUAAGACUGCAAGCUAUAUUUUUAAAGAACGGUUGUCAGACAUCUUGGCUUCCCUCUAGUGUCACUUAAAUAUAUUACAAUUGAUUUUGAAUUCCAGUUGAGAAAGAACAAAGGAGAGUCUUGGUUAUGCCAUGUAUGUUACACAAAUAUUAGUUAGAUGUGGGAAUUGUACUGGGAAGCAAAAAGAAAGCUUACAUUUCAGAGAAAUGUAACUCAGAGUGGAGCACGAUGCCCAGCACUUGUGCAUGGAUUAUUUGUACUUGGUGAGGUUCAGAGGCCCCAGUCACGGCCCCUGCUGUGCUAAUUACUGCGAACAUCUCCAUGUGAGCACGCAUCAGAAAAAGUCAAAGAGGAAGAGGUCAAGGUAAUAGGGAGGCGCAUGUUUUAUGUCAGUUAGCAGUAAAUGUCCACACAGUGGUGAAAGAGAAGAAACGGAUCACGAUUUUAAUUCUGAUUUCUAUAUUUAAUGAGAAAGGUCUUGAUAUCUGAUGCAGCAGGCCUCAAAGUCAAUUCAGAAUUUAAGAAAAAUCUGAAAUCUGCUGACCUGACAGUGAAAUCUUUGUGACAGAUGUUUUCUUAAUUGGAAUUCAUUCUUUCCUGAUAGGGAUAUAUGCUAAUCCUUGCAGCAGUAUCUGGAGAUGGAGGAAGUACUGCUUCCUCACUCACAGUAAAACUUACAGGAAUUCUAUUUUUUUCCUUUUGGUUUCCUCUAUCAUUCCCUAUGCCUUUCAAGAUCUCUUAAAUUUUAAAGGAAUAUGCAUGCCUAAGACUAGUUCAAGGACUUGUGUAAACGAGGAUCUAGAGCUUAGCCACACAGACAUAGCAGUAGGUGGCCAGUGAGGUAGUGGGAAAGCUGUUGCUCUAAGGGAAUCAUCUGAUAUGGUUGCAAGAGUAACAACUCCUCAAUAAAAUGUUAUUUUUGUUACUUAUUCAGAAUUUACCAGGAGUAGGAGUUUCACUUGCGUGUCCAUGUCUGCCCUGGGCUACAUUGUACACACUGCAGAGGGGAAGGUACUUACAGUCCAUCUACUUAGCACGCUGCAUUCAAUUUUGAUUAUCCUUGGUCUUGAUAGGAACAAACUGGAAGCUUCCCGUGACCUGUCUGCUGCAGGCUUUCCUUAUUGGCUGAACAAUGUUCUUGUACACAUUCGCUUCUGAAUCCAGAUACUUGCUCUGCAAUUGCUCUCUGAGGGUUGUUCCUCAUCUCUUCCCAGGCCUACCCACAAAUGUCAAGAUUGUAGUUCAGAGUGUUUUUGCUUAUAUUAAGGUCUCUUCAUUCAAGAUGCCUACGAUGGUUUGUAUGACCAACUAUUCUAGUGAAACAUCUCUACAUUUGCUCAGUGCUGUCACGUAGCAUAUGUAUCCUCAUUUUUGAAUUGUGCUUUUUGUGGAUUGCCAUCUUCACUCAGAUGGGAUGAUGCUACUGCAGUUAUUUCUUUAGGGCAGGGUGCUUUAUGCGUGAGGCAGUUUUGUCCUUUAAUAUUUAAUCAUAUUGACUGCAGUCUCUCACUAUUCAUUUAAAGCUAUUCAUGAGCAAAAUCUUACUUCUCCUCCCCUUGAUUCCCCUACACAUUGAUCCAGAAAUUCAUUUUUGUUAAGUACCAGUGCUACCAAAUUGUUUUUCCUUAAGUAUCAGCAGUGCAAUCCUGCUGCGUACUGAACUCCUGUUGACAAGACCAGGAACCACACGUAUACAUCAAUGAGAAGAGGUUAGUCCUCAUUAUUACCAAGAAAAGAACAUGAAGCCUCCAGACUUCUGGACUUCUUUUUAAGUGUUCACUGUUACCAUGUGAUUCAGCCUGUGUGUGGGGGGGGAAUCAAGGCUUCUGUUCCCGAAAGAAUAAAAUGGGAAAAGAGUAAAAUUAUGCCCAGUUAUGCCCACUGCCUGCUGUUGCUAAAUACACAGCAGCCUUCCUCUCCUAUUUUAGAUUAGAGUCCUCUUGCUAGAAGGUACCCUGAAAUCUGGCAGAUUUGAAUGGGGAACACUGACAAGUGGGCCAUGGGGUCAGCACUAGGUGCCUAUGCAGUGUUUGUUACUGAAUAAAUGCAAAAUAUGAAAUGAUGAUGGCAGCAAGUACUUUCUGUAGCUGAGAUUCAUGUUUAAGCUUAAUAAGUAGAACUGUAGAGGCAAAUUUUUCACAAAUGUUGUAGCAGCAAGAUUUUCUUUGAAGACCCUUGAAGUUAUUAACAGAGACCAGAUUAUUAGAAAUACGUAAUUUGUGUGUGCAUGAUUUGUAUUGAAGUCUGGCAUAUGUUACUGCAUUCGAGUUUGUGCAUUCAUCUUGAGGAACUUCACCUAGAGCCUUUCUGUAAGGUAGUUCAAUACCCUUAUUUUAACAGAGAAAGAAAAAUCAGCUCUGGAGUUUGAGAGAUUUGUGCAAUCUGUCCUGCAAAUCAGCUAUAAAACUAAAGAGAGCAUUCAAGUCUGCUAGGCUGUGACCUGUCAGUAUUAGUUUAUUCCCAGCUCAUUUGUACUUGCAUUUUAACAAUUCCAGUAAAAAACUUGUUGUGUA